GAGUGUUUCGUCUCUACCCUGUGACACAGAGAGCUGUGUCUGUCUGUGUGCUUGACUUUUCCACUCAGAACUCAUGUGACAGUGGCCUUAAGUCUGCAGUUAGAUCCAUCCGGUCACACCCAGCUCAGCCAUGUUUCUGUUGCUGACUAGCCACGUUCUUGUGACUCUGAGGAGCAAAGUGACAGAUUCCAGGCCAUCCCUUGGGAGAGAUCUUCUGUGACUACCGCUGGACAGGUGGACCUGUGACAUUCCACAGGGCUCCUGACACCCUGACAGUGACUGGCAAGAAGGAGCAAGUGCCUGAGUCUCUCAGUGAGAGCAGCCUUCCAAGGAAUCCUUCCUGCUUCCCAGUGGGGACCAGCAACCAUCCUCUUCUACCCCCAAGAAGCCGCUCAGGCCUGACAGAAUAUGGCUCACACUGGCAGGGCACAGCAGCCACCUAGAAAUUUCCAGAAAGUCCAUGUUGCAAACUCACUCCAUUUUAUUAAGCCAGUGAAGGAUUUCUGGGAUGGAGUCCGCAGCCCAGGAACAGACUGAGCAAAUCUUCAGCUAUGUCGUCAGAGCCCCCAGCACUGAGGGCUUCGAUGUGAUGAAUGUUGAUGUGAAGAUUGACACAUGCUGGGUGUUCCGGGAUGUGGAGGAGAGCAGUGAGGAACAGGAGGAACAGGGAUGCCUUCCAGAAGCAGCAACCGGCAGCCCAGAUGUGGACACAGGGCUACUCAGGAAGCAGCUGGAAUCCUCGGAGCAGACGCUGUUGGCAGCCGUGGACAAGUACAUGAUGUCUGAGUCGGGGCUGCGGAACAGAGUCCAGGAGCUGGAGCUGUCGGAGAGGAGGCUGAUCCUGAAGGUGGACCAGCUGACCGCCUGUGUGGCCCAGGAACGAAGCGCCUCCCUCCAUGUGCAGGAGCAGCUGCAGGCAUUGCAGGGGGAGCUGGCCAGCCGGGUUCGUGUCCCUUCCACUUCCCAGUGGCAGAGGUGGCGGCACUGGCGGCUGCGGGAGCGGCUGCAGAGCAAGGACGAGGCUCUGGCGCAGCAGGCGGCGGCCUUGGAGCGCUGCAGACGGACGCAGCGGCAGCAGCUGGGCCUAGUGCGCGAGCAGGAGUUUGUCCUGCGGGUGCAAGUGCAGCAGUUGGAGCGCGACGUGCGGCGGCUGGGUUGCGCUGCGGGCCUCCUGCUGGCCCAGCUGGACCGCGUGGACCCAUCGCCCGGCUCCAGCAGCCACCAGCCGCAGGUCUGGGCCUGUCCCCGGGGUGUCCGGGAGGCAGAGGCGGCGCGAAGGCUGCGGGAGCAGCGACUGCGGGAGCAGCUGGAGGAGCUGCGCUGCUGCGUGUACGGGCUGACGCUGUCCGACAUCGGCCUGCACCGCCAGCUGGAGGAGCUUGCAGAGCAAAACCGGUGCCUGCAGGCCCAGCUGGAAGCCCAGGUCCCCACGGAGCAGCACUGUAGCCUGCUGUGCAGGGUGGGGGGUGGGGGUGUCCCCCUGCUGACAAGGGAAGACACUGAGGGUCCAAAAGUCUUCCUGGCGAGCCAGCUCUCAGAAGAGCCCCAUGGCUGCGUUGGAGAUGGACCAGCCCCCUGUAUGGUAGCACCCGGUCCAAGGACCACGAGUGAGCUCCAGAGAGACCUGGCAGGGUCUGAACAUGGACAGGGUGCUCCCACUCAGCCCAGCCUGGAUGGACAGGUUCUUCUCCUGCUAUGCGGCUGCUCCCCAGGGCGGUGCACGGAUGAGCCACUCUACUUGCACCUAGCAGGGGUUUCAGAGAGUCCCACAACUGCUCCAGCCCAGGAGCCUCUGCUCCUGUCACAGACACCCCUGCUCUGGGGACUCGAGGCCCUGCUGCCACCACUGCUCCAGGAGUCUGUCCUACAAGAACUCCAGACCCAAGAAGAACUGGGAAGCCAGCCCUCAUCCACCUCUAGGACUGCAACACACCCUGGUGGGGAUUGUAACCUGGCAGGGAGCCAUGACUCCUCCCUCAGCCAGGAGUCCACACUCACUUCAAAUGGCCUAUUUUCCACAGAAGGACCCAGGGAGCCAAGACACCUAUGUGAGGAGAGAAGUGCGCCCCCAGUUGCAAGAGCAGAGGAAUGGGAGGUGAUGGGGACCUUGGGUACGAUGAAGUUAGAGCCUGACAAAUGUCCACCAGGUCAGGAAAGCAGUGGGAAACUGAGCUUAGGGGUGGGGGUCCAAGCCCCAAAGGGCCCACAGAACAAGAGUGGAGCCUCAGACACCCAGGUCACCGCCCACUGUCCUUGGUCCUGGGGAGAGUGUCUAUUACUGCCUCCUCAUGGGCCGGCCUCUGGGUCACAGGAGGGCCCUAAGUCCCUGAGCAGGAAAGGGAGGGUGGAGGCAUGUGGCAGGGGCCUUCUGGGUGGAAUGCCAUCAGAGGAGGAGGAAGUGUCCCCCCUGGUCACCAGCUCCAGGGCCCACGAGACCAGAGAGCCAUGGCCAAAUGGUAGCCAGCCCCUAGCAGGAAAGGUUGGAGAUGUCUGGAGGAGGGCACGGGGCGAGGAGGGCCAUCAGCUGGGGUUUGGAGACAUUCCAGUUCUAAGGGAGGAAAGCUCUGGGGGUGAAGGUCAAGAGCAGAAGAUGAGGCUCCAAAUAGCACCCAACCCAGCCUGUGGGGUGCCCCUCAGCUGCCUAACUGCAAAACACGUGUGGGCAGGGGCUGCCUUUCCUUGUGGGAGAUCAAAGUUUUCAUCAGUUUCUGAACUGGACCACGGCAGGUGCCAGAGGUGGGGCCCCUGUCUUUCACAGGCUCUGAGCACAGGACAGGAUAGGUGUGCCCUCCAGAGAGACAAACUGAAGAGGGAGGUGGAGGCCUGCUUCCAGCAGCUGAAUACCCUGAAACUCGGCUGUGGGGGUCCCCAGCAGAUGUCAGCAUUGGUGGGAAAGAACCAGAGUGUCACUCACACAUGGUGGGACAUUGAGGAGGGCAUGUGUCCUCAGAAGGCCUUGGCAAGCCAGGGUCUGCUUGCUUGUUCUACUGAGGAUACAAAGCCUAGUGGGCACAGCAAAGGGGUUAGACCAGAAGAGGAUGUGGCCCUGGGAACUGGUGACACUCUUCUACAGUCAGUGCCUGAUGGGGAUGCAGCCAACUGGGGUCUUGCAGAACUGGGUGGGUGUCAGCUCUCAACACCAUGGGGCACCCAGGAGAGGACAGGAGGCGAGUUCCACCAGCUCUCUACCACCCCGAAGAAAGAGAGAAGCCAGGUCUUAUGUGACAAUGCCCAGUGUCAGGGAGACGAAGGGAGGUGCCACGGGGAAGCCUGUCGUUACAAAAAAGAGCGAGCACGAGAAACAGUCAAAACAUCCAGGCUGGAGCAGGUGAACCACGCUCUGCGGGAGGAGCUGGGCCGCCUCAGGCAGGAACUGACCCAGAGUCUGCAGGCCAUGUCCGACCUGGAGGACUGCAAUGGGAAGAGUUACAACAAGAUUUCCCAGCUUGAGGAGGAGAACGAGAAACUGAAGCAGGACCUGGGCCAGCUGCAGAAAGUCAUGUCUGAGAGUGUCAGGAAAGCCCAAGGCUGGACAGAGUGUGUCACCCUGGAAAACGCAGAGCUCAGGGCACUGAUUUCAGAGCUCAGGGUUAGUUACAAAGAGCUGAUGAAGGAUGUGGUCCUGGGAAUAGAAGACACGGUCUGGGCCCUGAAGGGAGAGAAUGAGCAUCUUCUGCACAGGGUCCAAGGCCUGGAACAGGAAGUGGCCUCACAGAUGAGCAGGGGUGGAGGCUACUGUGGGGAAGAAAGGUGGUACCCCAAGAUGGUGGGGGACAAGGGGCACAGUGAAGACAAAGAGGUCCAGGCGACUCCAUUCUCAGGACAUCUCAUCACCAGAGCCUGUGGGCCACCCUGGGGUGAGAAAUCAGGUGUGAAUGGGAGCCAGAUGGAACCUUCCUUAGGUCUGGGAGGUUCCAGAGGCAGGGCUGAUGCAACCACUCCCACAUUGGUCUGUGGAGUCACUGAAGGACCCCAAGCCCUGGAAGGACACAUUAAUGGAACAGGAGGAAACAAAGUUCAACAACAGAGAGAGGAGAGAGAAUCCUGCUGCUCCGUACAGCGAGGCCAGCCUCCGAGGUCCCUGAACCUCAGCCCCCAGCUCCAGGACUCUAAGAUGGAAGCCAUGGAGGAAGACCCCAAACUGUGUGUCCAGCGACUUCAUCACCAGGUGUGGACCCUACAGUGCCAGCUCAGAGACCAGAGCUGGGCACUCUGGGAGCUGCAGGCAGGUCGGGAUGAGGCCGUGAACCUCCAGGAUGAGCUCAAGGGCAAGCUGCGGGAACUCUGGGGACAGCAGCAUGAAGCUCGUCUGGCCACAAGUCCUCUGAAGGCCAAGCUGGUGUCCCUGGUUCACAAGUGCCAGGAGAGGAACCACCUGAUUGCAUACCUGCUGCGGGAGCUGCGGAGACAUGGGUUGGAGAACCUCCUACUCUCCAAGCUGACACAGAACAUGCUGGAUGAUGAGGCAUUGGCUGAGUAUGCCACCACCUUCCAGACCCCCCAAGCUCCUGAGACAAACUGCUGUCUGGACAUGGGCCCCGAGGGGACAGCAGCUGGAGGAGCUCAGGAAUAUCUGCUAAAUUCUGAAGUGGACAGUGUCCUGCAAAGCUGGUGGGGGAUGGAGUCCUGGCCUCCUCCAGAGGUUCAGUGGUCGGCGCAGAUGACUCCAGUAGGUUCCGUGAAGGCCCAGAGGAUCCUGGCUUCCCACCAAGAGCUCAGGCAGAGAGUCUGCAGUGAUUCCCAAGCCAAUAAAUCACGGCAGUGGGGCGCCGGCCGGCCCGACGCCGUGGGCCUGCCGGGCCCGGGCGGCAGCGAGGACACGGCCAGCGACGUGAGCGAGCCCUCGGGCUCUGCGGUCAGCUCGCCCGGCGAUCGCGACGACAGACCGCCGGCGCUGCGCAUCCGCUGCCCCGCGCCCCGCGACCUGCCGCUCGGCCGGGACAAUGGCCAGCGGGUACAGAGGGAAGACUUGGAUGUUGGAAAGGAAAAGAGCUUGGCCCAUUCUUGGAGUGGAGAAAUAGAGGCCUUGGAGGGGGUCGCUGGGCGAGAUCCUGGUGGGCCAAGGAUGUUACCCGCAAUUAGGACCGGUGCUGCUGCGGGAUGGUACUGCCCGCCGCACUCAAGUUGUGGAAGCGAGAGGGAGACACCUGUGGAGCUGCCACAGGUCUUCGCCUGCGCGUCCUAA